CAAAAAUAAAGGUACACAGAGCAGCAGCAGGUUGUGUGUGAUUUACCAGGCAGGAAUUUAUCUGUCACAAACCACGGCUUCUUGGUCAACAUGCUGAAGGCGGUCAUUUUAAUUGGAGGGCCCCAGAAAGGCACAAGGUUUAGGCCGCUGUCAUUUGAAGUGCCCAAACCCUUGUUUCCAGUAGCCGGUGUGCCCAUGCUGCAGCAUCACAUUGAAGCAUGUGCCAAGGUACCGAAUAUGAAGGAGAUUUUGCUCAUCGGCUUUUAUCAGCCAAACGAAGAGUUGACCAGAUUCCUUUGUAAUGCACAGCAGGAAUUCAAAAUUUCCAUCAGGUAUUUGCAGGAGUAUGCAGCCCUGGGCACUGGAGGGGGCAUCUAUCACUUCAGAGAUCAGAUUGUCUCCGGCAAUCCGGAGGCUUUCUUUAUUCUGAAUGCAGACGUCUGUUCAGCGUUUCCUCUAGCAGAGAUGCUCAGCUUCCAGAAGGAACAUGGAGAACCAAACAGCUUCGUUAUCCUCGGGACAACGGCAAACAGAAAGCAAUCCAUGAACUAUGGCUGCAUUGUUGAAAACGAGGAAACAAAUGAGGUCUUGCAUUAUGUGGAAAAGCCAAGCACAUUUGUGAGUGACAUCAUCAACUGCGGUAUAUACCUCUUUAACCCAGAUAUUUUCCAGCAUAUUGGCACCGUCUUCCAGAAGAAUCAACAGGACAUGUUGUUAGAGGAGCCAACCAACGGCUGGCACCGAGCAGAGGCCAUCCGGCUCGAGCAGGACAUCUUCACUUCCCUGGCAGGACAGGGUAAACUCUAUGUGUAUAAGACUCUCAGCUUCUGGAGCCAGAUAAAAUCUGCAGGGUCUGCAAUUUAUGCCAGUCGAUUGUACCUGAACCAGUAUCACACAACUCAUCCUGAAAGACUCGCCUUAAAUAAGGAGGGAGGGCCCAAAAUCAGCGGUAAUGUCUAUAUUCAUCCAACAGCCAACAUUGACCCCACUGCUAUGUUGGGUCCCAAUGUCUCCAUUGGGACUGGAGUGACUAUCGGUGCUGGGGUCAGAGUUCGUGAAUCCGUCAUCCUUCAUGGGGCAACUCUUCAGGAUCACUGCUGUGUUUUGAACAGCAUUGUGGGAUGGGAUAGCACGAUCGGCAAGUGGGCAAGAGUAGAAGGAACCCCAAGUGACCCGAAUCCCAACGAUCCCUAUGCGAAGAUUGACAGCGAGACCCUCUUCAGAGAAGGAAAACUCACCCCAUCUAUUACUAUUCUUGGUUGUAACGUGAACAUCCCCUGCGAGGUGAUCAUACUCAACUCCAUCGUCCUCCCACACAAAGACCUCAACCGUAGCUUCAAAAACCAAAUAAUUCUCUAGUUAAUCUUCCUUGCACCCUGUCCACUUACUGUCACUGAUGAAGGAUGCAGCUGGACGCACACCGGCACUGCCUCUGAGUUACUGUAUAUAAGAUGUCACAAGUGAAGAUAUGGGACAUACAUUAAAUAGUUAGGGUUCUGGUUUUUAUUUUUAUAUAUUUGUCCUCAAGGCUUUAUGCAUCAUUGGGUGUCAGCAAUAUUAGGAAGAGGCUAAUCAGGCAUGUUGUUUCACCUUGAAAAGCGCUGUCAUGCCAGAUGUUUAUAUUGGUUUUUUAUUAACUUUACCGAACUGUAAAAUUACCGCUGACACUAGUGUAAUAUAUUUGGUUGGAUGUAAUGUGAUGUAAAAAAAAAAAAAAAAAGAUGUUUAUAGAUGACAACAUGUCUCUCAAGGGCACUCUUGUCAAACUUGAGACUAACAGGAAAUAUUAGAAAAUAAAAAUUACUGGCCACAGACUGUGGUUAAUUUUUUAGAGGUAAUUAUUUGUGUGAAGCUCUGAUUAAAACCUUUUGUAGCAUCUUGAUCGUCAGUAAAAAAAUUGACUACUAGCAGAAUAAAUCAGUGGGGUUGAGAUUUACAUUGCAAUCAAGAAAUGCUGCUUUUUAAAAUGUGAACUUAGCAGGGGGGCUACGAGGCUCUGCUACAUAAACAGCAACGGCAGAUACUUCAGUUGAACAUUCAUAAUCACAAGAGGAACCGUUGUAGUUUAUGAAUACAGCACAUUAACAUUUACUUAUUAAGCACUCAUGAUCACUUCAGCACUUUUGUUCCAAUUAUUGCAAUGAGAGUGUCUAUUAAGGAGUGACGCUGGAACUGCAGCAUAAUAUAUUUUAAUCAAGUCUCUUAACACACCUCCGAUGAAAGGCAAAAUAAACAAGUUAAUAUACGUUUUUAUUCAUGAUGGGUUUAUUUCAGCUUUUAUAUGUAGGUGCCUGUGAGGAGUUUCAUUGUUUAUUUAGA